CGCUGGCGGGGCUGCCAGAUUCGAAGGACACAAUGAGUGAGUGACCCGGCAACGUGGAGCGGAAUCUAGCUCGGCCGGGGCCCCGCGCGACGUGGGGGCGCCCGGUGGGCCUCAGAUGCGGCGCCGGCUCACCCCCAGGAUGGUGAGGCGGCGAGCGCUGAGGCGCUGCCUGCAGCUGUUAACGCCCUCGGCGGAGCCGGUGCGGCGGAGCCGGGGGCGGAGAAACCCGGGCGCUGGCCACCGUCGCCCCUUCCGCUGCCCGGGGGCGCUGUGUCCCGUAGCCGAAGAGCAGCAGCAGAGGCGGCGGCGGCGCGCGCGCCUGACCGACCAUCGCGUCAGCUCUUCACGAAAGGACAUGGAUGAAAAUGAAAGCACCCAGUCCCUGAGGACAAGUUGCCAAUAUCCUAAAGAAGCAGUAAGAAAGCGCCAAAAUUCACGGAAUUCUGGAGGAAGUGAUUCUUCUAGGUUUUCCAGGAAGAGUUUCAAACUGGAUUACAGACUAGAAGAAGAUGUAACUAAAUCAAAGAAAGGAAAGGAUGGGAGAUUUGUUAACCCUUGGCCAACAUGGAAAAAUCCCUCUAUUCCAAAUGUUCUCAGAUGGCUGAUGAUGGAAAAAGAUCACAGCAGUGUUCCAUGCUCCAAAGAGGAGCUCGAUAAAGAACUCCCAGUGCUUAAGCCGUAUUUUAUCGAUGACCCUGAAGAAGCUGGAGUGAGGGAAGCUGGCUUAAGAGUCACGUGGCUGGGACACGCGACAGUGAUGGUGGAAAUGGACGAGCUCAUCUUGCUCACGGACCCCGUCUUCAGCGCUCGGGCCUCCCCGUCGCAGCGCGUGGGUCCCAAGCGGUUCCGUCGCCCCCCUUGCACCGUCGGUGAACUGCCCCGGGUAGACGCGGUCCUCAUCAGCCACAACCACUACGACCACCUGGACCACAGUUCUGUCGUCGCUCUGAACGAGCGAUUUGGUAAUGAGCUGAGGUGGUUUGUGCCUCUGGGGCUCCUGGACUGGAUGCAGAAGUGUGGCUGUGAGAACGUGAUCGAGCUGGACUGGUGGGAGGAGAACUGCGUCCCCGGACACGACCGGGUGACGUUUGUGCUCACCCCUUCCCAGCACUGGUGUAAGAGGACUCUGACGGACGACAACAGGGUUCUCUGGGGCAGCUGGUCUGUCUUGGGGCCCUGGAACCGAUUCUUUUUCGCAGGAGACACUGGUUAUUGCUCUGCUUUUGAAGAGAUAGGAAAAAGAUUUGGACCUUUUGACCUUGCAGCUAUUCCCAUUGGAGCGUAUGAACCAAGGUGGUUUAUGAAAUACCAGCAUGUAGACCCAGAAGAGGCUGUAAAGAUUCACAUUGAUGUGCAGACAAAGAGAUCUGUGGCAAUUCACUGGGGAACUUUUGCCUUAGCAAAUGAGCAUUACUUAGAACCUCCAGUGAAACUGAGUGAGGCUCUAGAAAGAUAUGGACUUAAGACUGAAGAUUUUUUUGUCUUGAAGCAUGGAGAGUCAAGAUACCUUAAUACUGAUGAUGACAACUUUGAGUAAAUAU